CUGUAGGACGGACGGCCCCCUAUAGGUAGUAGGGUAGGGUGGGUGGUACCGCUCAGAUAGCGGCCAAUCCUCCUAACUGCGCGCGGGCCGGGCUUAGAGCGCGUGAAACUCAUCACUACCUCGUAAGGGCGUUGAGACCAUAGCAUGUUACACAAAAGCGCCGCUUUCUCAGGAGUGUUGUCACACAGCUGCCCGACUAGAAGAGCUACUCGCUCUGUAGUGUUGUCACACAAGAUAAGCACGCCGCCCGCCUGCUGGCCGGGCGAAUCGAAGUUAUCUUCCGGUCAACUGUCCACCCAGUCAAGUGCAAAAAACACAGUGGAAUCACGCAACGCACGCUGCUGGUGUGCUUCCUGCCCACGAGGAAAGAAGAGCGACAAGGUUCAGAUUUGACUGUUUGCAGCAUGGGAGCUGAUUACCCAAAAAAUCCCUGGGAAAAAAGAAAAGAUAUCUCGGUAACGAAAACCAUAGGAGGCUGUAUUGGCGAGAUCCAAGGGUUCACAGCAGCCCAAAAGAAAAACCGCCUGGAAGUCCGAGGACCUUUAGUACCGUACCGAACCAGCAGCCUUCGCGCCAAGCGACGACCGCCCUUGUCCCUUUCCUUUUUCCAUUCAGCCUACUUCUUAGCUUUGUUCCGUCAGUCUAAGGCAAAGCUUAAGUGGUUUGCCUACCUUACCCACUUGAUGAAAGGGAACGAACUUCGUUUCCUUGGCGGCUUUAUGGAUGGAUUCAGUCAGAAAAAACUCCUUCCUUUUGAAAAAAGUGACGCUUUGCGUCUUCGCUUCCGAGGGUUAGGGUAUAGGCCGUUUCGAGCAAGCUUUCGCUUUUUCUCCCGGCUUUCUACAACUUUCGCUUUAGCUUCCAAAGGCGACCCAAUGACCUUUCCGGAAUUGGAAGUAUUCGUCGCCCUACCCUAAGAAAGAAGUCACUAUAAAACAGCUUGCCCUCCAGAAGUACCAAAGGUGCGCGGAGCCCGGUGAAAAUGAAUAUGUUUGCUACUGAAAGAAGCCUGCCUAUUGACUAAUAUUCGUCUUUAGAAUGAAAGUAGCUAUGAAGCCCAAUCUAUACUGUCGAUUCAAAAGGGGGCAUAGUCAUAUGGGUGGGGUGUUUGUGGGGAGCUGCCUUGGAUAUGAGGAAUUCCUCCAAUCUAAAAAAAAAAAUGAACAAAGAAAAAGUCCGUGACGAAGAUCUUUCUUUUCUAUCAAUAGAUAGGAAUGAGUGUUCGUUAUAGGGGAUAGGAUCCAUCUGCUCUCUCUCUCUCUCUAUUUUCUUUGAUGCAAUUUAGAGAGAAAGAGCAGUGCGAAUUAGAAAAAAAAGAGAAUCGGGAGAUGAUUCCAAAAUAGAUACAUAGACAUCUCAAGUAAAGGGAUGUAUAUAUUAUUCCUAUAUAUAUCAUCUAUCUAUGAAAAAAGUAAACAGAGUUCGUUUUUGGGUUCCCCGAAGCCCCGAAUGGAUUGGAUCGUUUCUGCUUCUGCCAACGAAAUGAAGGCCUCGCCCCUUCCGAAUGCUUCUCCGAUCCUGAAGUUCUCGCGAAGAGAAUAAGAUGCAGCUCCCCCUCCCUCUGUCUUUUUCCGCUUUGCUAAUCUUCCCCUCUAACGCGGGCCGGGCUUAGGCGGGCGCGGGAGGAAGAAAGAAAGUCGAAGAGCGUCUUCUCCUUUGUCCUUUUUUCAGUGCAACACAGGAAAGCACCCUCUUUUUGUAAUCCCUGCAGCUUCCCAGAGGCUUGCUUUUUUUUUAUUGAACGCAUGGCGUAGCUAGGACCCCUCCAAUCAUGUUUGAGCCUAUGUUCACCCGGGGCCAAAAAAGGAGAAUUCCGGAAUGCCUGCCGACGUUCAGAUAAGGUGCAUAUCCCUUACCACUAAAGGAAAGGCUCGACGAAGGGGGGAUAUUAGCUGGGUAAGGAAAACGCUUUCGGAGAUUGAGAUGUCGAUUUGUUUUUCAUCGAAAAGGAAGAAGGCCGAGGGGAUAGCAGCCUUCCUUCGGGCUUUGCCUGCCGACGUUCUAAUAAAGAAUUCCGGCUCGGCCCGGGAAAGCGCUGGCAACAACAUAAAGAAAGGGGUCCAUGUAGCUGCUGCGCCCGCCCACUGAGCAGCAGGUUCGGCAUCUACUACAAAAGAGAGAAUCCACUUCAGAUAACCACGUCUCUGCUAGGCAGCGUGUGGAAUGGCCGAGAGCGGACCAAAUGGAUAUAUAAUCCAAGCCGAGAGUGGAGUUACGUGAACAGCCGUCUGAUGGAAAACAACUUUCACGUUCGGUUCAGAGAGCACUUUUUUCGUUGAGAAUAAGUCCUUCCCUUUUGUGUGAAUUCCCCAGCGGCGAAUUAACAACUUGUGGGGCCCUAUCUAUUCAAUCUCUCGAGCCCCAAGAAAACCCCCCUCUCCCUCGGACUCAAUCUCUCUUUUGACUCUAUAUAUGUGGGCACCUGAUAUCUAUGAGGGUUCACCCACCCCGGUGACAGCAUUCCUUUCUAUUGCGCCUAAAAUCUCUAUUUCUGCAAAUAUGUCACGUGUUUCUAUUGUUGCUUCCUAUGGGGGUACAUUACAACAAAUCUUCUUUUUCUGCAGCAUUGCUUCUAUGAUCUUAGGAGCACUGGCCGCCAUGGCCCAAACGAAAGUCAAAAGACCUCUAGCUCAUAGUUCGAUUGGACAUGUAGGUUAUAUUCGUACUGGUUUCUCAUGUGGAACCAUAGAAGGAAUUCAAUCACUACUAAUUGGUAUAUUUAUUUAUGCAUCAAUGACGAUAGAUGCAUUCGCCAUAGUUCCAGCAUUACGGCAAACCCGUGUCAAAUAUAUAGCGGAUUUGGGCGCUCUAGCCAAAACGAAUCCUAUUUCGGCUAUGACCUUCUCCAUUACAAUGUUCUCAUACGCAGGAAUACCCCCGUUAGCCGGCUUUUGUAGCAAAUUCUAUUUGUUCUUCGCCGCUUUGGGUUGUGGGGCUUACUUCCUAGCCCCAGUGGGAGUAGUGACUAGCGUUAUAGGUCGUUUUUAUUAUAUACGCUUAGCGAAAAGAAUGUUUUUUGAUAGACCUAGGACAUGGAUUCUAUAUGAACCAAUGGAUCGUGACAAGUCGUUACUACUAGCAAUGACUUCCUCUUUCAUUACUUCAUCCUUUCCAUAUCCCUCUCCCUUGUUCGAUCUUACUCAUCAAAUGGCACUCAGUUCAUAUCUGUAAGUUCGUUCGAUCAUUGACAAGGUUCAAAGAAAGGGUGGG